AUGACCAUUUCAAACAAACGCGAAAAUGAGGUCAAGGAGGACGGAAUGACAUCGACAACCACAACAAACCAUGGAAAUCCUCUUUUUCAUGUAAAAGAUGAAGUGGAUGUCGAUUCUAUGAUCUUUUCGGACGGUGUAUCUCCCUGCACAACAACCAAUGAUGCUACGACCCGAGCUUCACCCUCUACCUUUGGCACGGGGAUAUCUAGCAUCAUGGAAUCUCUAUCUCCCAAAGAUCUGGCAACAUUGGCAAACCUCCUCAAGCCACUCUUGAUUAGUCCGAAUGAAACGAAGCACAAAGCAGAGAGUAGCGAUUUGGAAGAAUUUGCGUUGCAUCAAUCACCAACACACGAGGGGACGUUUUCGAAUGAAGACAAGAAUAAAGAAGAGGCAGACAAGGCAAAAUGGCAUGCUAGCUUUGGUGAGAGUACCUAUUCUCUCUUCUAUUUGUGCAGUGUCAAUAGUUGGGCCUUCUGGUAUGCAGCAUUCAUUUAUGUCCUCCAGAUCACAACCAUUCUGCUGACAAUGAUUGAUGUUGUCGACUGGGGUGGCAAUGGGCUCAACUUGCCUCCUAUGGUUGACUUGAGUGUCACGAUUGCUCAAGGAGUCGCACUUUUCCAAGCUGUAGCUUUUCAGUCUGACCUCAUUCAGGUUGUCAUGAAAUUCAAAGACGGCUUCCACCCAGAAGUACUGGACACACAUCCUGGAGCAACCUACUCCACAUGGCUUCUGUCCUGCCUUGCUCAGCUAUUUGCCGGGCUCCUUCUGCUAGUGACAAUCUUCAUUUUGGUCAUGCAAGUUGAUAGUGUCUUGGAUAUUAUGCUCAACUUUGCUGCACUCGAGUUCAUGGCAGACAUCGAUGAUGUGGCGUUCACCCUUGCAAAGUCUGGUUUCAUUGGUAGCAGCACCCAAAGGGCCGCAUAUGAAGUAGCCAACCUGAAAAUCCCGAAACGAACAACAACAAAUCGAGGAUUUCUGCACCGUUCUUGGAAAACCGGAAUAUUUCUCAUGAUCCUCAGCAUAUUGCUUGUUGGCUGGCUGUCCAUUGUAGCCUUACGAAGCUCAGGGCAAUAUGUCUGCAACACAAUCAUUGUGAAUAUGGGAGAUGGAUUUGUUUCCUCCCUUGGAACCUUCAAUGGCAUGUAUGAUUUAGAUUUCUCUGGUGGCUUUCAGUUGGAGCGACGGGGCCGGUAUGUGGAGAGGCGCUCCAUUGAAAUUGAUACACCGGGUAGGGGUGUUUUUGCGUACUGUGAUGACAUCAAGGCUUGGACUUUUCAAGUGGAAUUGAAGGAUAAUAAUGAGGAGGGAGAUGCCUGCAGUUGGAUUGCCAGAUCGGCUGAAACAGCUACUUUUGAUAUCAGAGAGACGGCAUCAAUCCAGUGGUUUGUCCAUGACGACACAUCUCAUGAAGUUGUUCUUGAACCAUUCAGCCUUUCCUGUUUUGAUUGCACCCGUGAGGAGGAAGGAAGUGCUGAUUGUGGAGGGAAAGGAAUCUGCACUAGUGCUGUCUGUGACUGUGAAGAUGGCUUGUAUGGGCUCAGAUGUGAGUUUGUCAGCCCAUGCCCUUGGAUCACAAUUGAUGCUCGAACAGAGAAGUUUGCGACUACAAGAGACUGGUCAACUGAAUAUGAAUCGAUUGAAUUGAGCAACGGUGAAGUGGUGGAAUCCUAUCACAGGCCAGUCUACGUCCAUGAAUAUGAUGGUGGCAAAUAUGAUGUUGUCAUGUUCACAGGGGCGCGGUGGGCCUUGACCUCUUCUGAGUUCCUCUUACAUGGUGGAAGAAUACCGGACAGGAAGCUUUCCAAUGGUCAAGAAGGUGUUGGUUCCGACAUUGGAAACUUCUUCAAGUAUUUCUUCCAUGCGUACAAUGGCUACUAUGGCAACUACACGGUUGCCUUUCUCAGUGAUUACAUGCAAGUGGGAACGCAGCUAGACUCUAAUUCUCCUGUCAGUUUGUCUUGGUAUAAUGCGGUAGCAAAAGAGGCUUCGGCUGAAAAUGAGAACCAGGAAACAGGAAAAUUGGUUGAUUCAGAGUUUCUCUGCCGUGUUUGCCAUGAUGAUUCAAACCCAUGCCUGUAUGAUGGAAAGUGCAACAACGGGACAUGUGUAUGCUCUCAAGACUCUUUUGGGGGGCGGUGUGAAGUCCCUCCAGUGAAAAAUGGUCACUGUGACCCCCUUUUCAACACACCCGAGUUCAAAUUGGAUGGUGGUGACUGUUGCGAAUCCACUUGUGUGAGCACAUCCCAAUAUGUUUGUGGAGCCGAAAAGGAUGGCUAUGUCAGCACUGGGUACUUCUACUGUGAGCAACCAAAAGAUGAGUGGCAAAGCAGUCUCUUGAAUGGAGCUUUUGGCUCCUCUUCUGGUUUUGCAGUGGAUUUUUCAAUGACGUCGAUGGUUGUGUCAGAACCUUUUGGGGACAGUGUGCAGAUAUAUGACAAGGUUGGGCCAUCCUGGAUACUUCGAGAAACUCUCAUUGGGUCUGCUUGGAAAGUGGCCCUCUCUUCUGGACCCUUCAAUGUGGUCAGCAACCCAAGCUUCAGAGCCCCCCUAACAAUUGCAGUCCAUGAUUCCAACAAAACAAUUCAUAUCUACAAGUGCAAUCAUGAUGGCUGCAAACAAACCCAGGACUUUCCGUUGAUCUCUGAAUUUGCUUUGUCUGAUGGUGGUGCAGUUCUUGCAAUGUCAUUUGAGGAGGCUCGCAAAGUGAUUCAAGUCUAUGAGGCCCAAGAUGGAAUAUUUGAGUUCCGCGCAAAUGUAUCCAUCACAAGAAAUGAGUUUUUCUCUGAGUACAUUGUUGUCCUGGCCUGGGAUGAGUUGAGUGGUGACUAUGCUACGGAGACUGAGUUCCGCUAUGAGUCUGAUAAGUACAGAGUAUAUCCAUUGUCAUUGGCAUUGAACCAAGAUGGCACUGUCCUUGCAUAUGGCUUCCCCACGUGUCAAGGCACUCAGCUUCACAUUUUUACUCGCAAUGAUGCUGGCGUUUGGGUACCACGGAGGGCUCCACAGAUGAACACCACUGGCUGCAUUGAAACUAGCCUUUCCACACAAGAAAACAAUGCCUUGGCAGUAUCUGGUGAUGGAUCUGUGAUUGCCUUUAGGGUUGGUAACAAGGUCAGAGUUUACAGAUGGGAAGCUGAAUUGAAAUCUUGGAAUUCUUUGGGAGACGAGUUCCCAUUCACACACUACCCAGUUGCAAUGUCUCCUGAUGGCAACGAACUUGCAAUUGGUUCCCCUCAAGAUCGCAGUGGUGGGGUCACCGCUGUUUAUGCACUUCCUGGAAAAAAGAAGUGCCCCACUGGCAUGUCACUCCUACGCCUUUCACUGACCCUUGAUUCUUUCCCUGCAUUUUUCGGGUGGAAUCUUGUUAAUAACAGCACAGGGGAAAUCCUGUUUGAGCAAGACUCUUAUCCACAAGAGUACAAAUUCGCAACAAUCUUGGAGGAGACCUGUGUCCCAGCUGAUUCUUGCUAUGUCUUCACAAUAAUCAACCAUGUCACUAUGGGACUUGAUGCUCCUGGACAGUAUGCACUUUUCAUGGAUGGGGAGAAGGUUGCUCAGGGAACUUUUAGUGGUCUUUUUGCAAGGGAGCAGUUUGGAAACUGUGCAUCUUGCCCCGCAGGUACAGAGCUGUUUCGCAUGAUGUUAUUGACAUCCGGACCCAUGGAGUGGGCCCUGUUGAAGUUGAUUGAUCAAGGGGCCAACAUAUCAGUGCUUCAUAAUGACAACAACUUUGACAAGUUUUCCAAUCAAACUGUGGACCCACUUUGCUCUGAUUUUGAUAAUAGGGUAUGGGAUCCUGACCCAGUUGCUCAUACAUAUGAUGCAUGCCUGGAUCCAACAGAGUGCUAUGGGGUGCAAGUUUCUUCCAACAAAGCGAUCUUCAGAAAACUGGAAAUAGUUUUUGGGGAGGAGAGAGUCAAUACUUUACUUUACGAUUUUUGUGAGGUGCAGACCUUUUUUGUGGGAAGAGAGGACAAGUGCCCGCAGGAAGAGGACUGA